GUCAUCAUGAUAAACGGUCAGAAUUACAAUAAGUAAUAGCUAAACCAUGAAACUCUUAUCCUGAUGCGUGCACUGAAACCUGGCUCUCCUCUCCUCUACCUUCUCUUCUCCAACGACCUGAGCUUUAGUUCACGUUCACGCUCACGCACAAACUACAAAGCCCACGGAGAUCUCAUCUAGCACUAGCACACAAGCUUCUUCUUCCUUCUUCAAUGGCGAUAGAGAGAGAUAGAUAAUAUUAGGGUUUUGGAUCUAUCACUCCGGACCGAGAGUGAGAGAGAGAUGGACGUGGAGAGGUCUUCGCUGUGCAAUUGCGUGGUGAACUUUCUGUUGGAGGAGAGGUAUUUGUUGACGGCAUUCGAGCUACUCCACGAGCUUCUAGACGAUGGCCGUGACGCCCAGGCUAUUCGCCUCAAGGAGUUCUUCUCCGAUCCCUCUCAAUUCCCUCCCGAUCAGAUCUCUCGCUUCAAUACUCUUCGAGUUGCAGACCCUCAAAGUUUGCUGGAAGAGAAAGAAUCACUAGAAGAAAAAUUAGCAAUUAGUGAAUAUGAGCUUCGUUUAGCCCAAGAGGACAUUUUGAAAUUGAAGGCUGAAUUACAGAAGAAAAUGGAAGUCCCUCUGGAUAAAUUGAAUGAGUCAAAUAAAGAUGCUUCUGUAAAUCGAGGAUCUGAAUUUCAGCGGCAAAAAAGGGAAGCUUCCUUCUCUGAUUUGGGCCCCUUGAAGGAUAACGAACGUCGUGAUCUUAACUGUGCUGUAAAGGAGUAUUUGCUUAUAGCAGGGUAUCGGCUCACUGCAAUGACAUUCUAUGAAGAGGUUACAGAUCAGAACCUAGAGGUUUGGCAGAAUACAGCUGCAUGUGUACCAGAUGCCUUACGUCAUUAUUAUUAUCAGUAUCUUUCAUCAACUACAGAGGCUGCUGAGGAGAAAAUUGCCAUGUUUCGAGAAAAUGAGUCAUUACUAAAAGAAAAUGAGAGGCUUAAUCUUGAAAAGGAGAGCUUACAGAAGAACAAAGAUUUGGCUGAUGGUCAAAUAAGUGCAUUAACUAGAUCCUUAGAAGCUCUUCAGAAGGAUCUUAAAGAUAAAGAGAAUCUGGUACAAGAUUUGAAGCAAUCCUUGGAGCAACAAAGGAAGGAACUCAAUGGCUGUAGAUCUGAAAUCACUGCUCUGAAAAUGCAUAUAGAAGGAUCUCGUUCAGGAAGGAAUUUCCUAGCUAAUGAUGUUGAUCAUGUCCAGUCACAGCCUUUAGAAAAAUACAAGGAAGAAAUAAAAUCACUACAGAUUGAAAUAGAAAGUUUAAAAGCAAAAAGCAUGAACGCUCUUGAUUCUGUAUAUUCUGUCAAAUCUGAAAAAGAAUUUGUGCAGGCAGAAGAGAAAGUUGUUGAGAUACUUGAAGAUAAAAGUAUAAUAUCUCAUCCAGUUGAUGCAGGAGUGGUAGACCAUAAUGUUUCUGAAUUACAGGCUACUCAAAGUUUUAAUGAUAACACAGUUAAACCUAAGGAAAUUUCACAGGAGUUGUUAAUGAGUCAUUUGAAUGAUGAUAAUCCUUCUGAAAACAUUGGAAAUGUUUCCAAACAAAAUGGUGAACCACGAUCAGAAGAAAGCAGACUCCUAAAAUCAGACAAUUUAUCUGGUGAAGCUGUUUCUGAUAAUAUGGGCUUAGGAACCAUACAGAUCUUGGCAGAUGCCUUGCCUAAGAUUGUACCUUAUGUCUUGAUCAACCACCGUGAGGAGCUUCUUCCCCUGAUAAUGUGUGCGAUUGAGCGUCAUCCAGAUAGCAGCACUAGAGAUUCCUUGACCCACACAUUGUUUAAUCUAAUCAAACGCCCAGAUGAGCAACAGAGACGAAUUAUAAUGGAUGCAUGCGUUAGCCUUGCUAAGAAUGUUGGUGAGAUGAGAACUGAAACAGAAUUGCUUCCCCAGUGCUGGGAACAAAUAAAUCACAUGUAUGAGGAACGUAGGUUGCUUGUUGCUCAAUCAUGUGGAUUGCUUGCAGAAUUUGUCCGGCCUGAGAUUCGUGAUUCUCUUAUUUUGUCCAUUGUGCAACAAUUGAUAGAAGAUUCUGCAACUGUUGUCCGGGAGGCUGCUGCUCAUAAUCUGGCAUUGCUGCUUCCGCUCUUUCCAAAUGUGGACAAAUAUUUCAAGGUGGAGGAGCUCAUGUUCCAAUUGGUCUGCGAUCCUUCUGGAGUAGUGGUGGAAACUACACUCAAAGAAUUGCUUCCUGCAGUGAUAAAUUGGGGAAACAAAUUGGACCACAUUUUGAGAGUUUUACUCUCUCACAUCUUGAGCUCUGCUCAGCGCUGUCCACCUCUUUCGGGGGUUGAAGGGUCUGUGGAGUCACAUCUUCGUGUUUUAGGAGAACGAGAGCGCUGGAAUGUUGACGUUUUACUAAGAAUGCUCAUAGAAUUGCUUCCUUAUGUGCACCAGAAAGCAGUUGAGACAUGCCCAUUUUCUUCUGUUCCUGAAACAAUGGGCAAACAAUUUUCAACCUCCUUGCUUGAGUUGUAUGCGGGGGGACAUGUUGAAUGGCCUGCAUUUGAAUGGAUGCAUGUCGACUGCCUUCCUGAUUUGAUUCAGCUUGCGUGCUUGUUACCUCAGAAAGAAGAUAGUUUACGAAAUCGAACUACAAAGUUUUUGCUGGCUCUAUCUGAACAUCUUGGGGAUUCGUAUCUUACACAUAUAAUGCUGCCUGUAUUCUUGGUAGCAGUUGGGGAUAAUGCUGAUUUGACAUUUUUCCCUUCCACCAUCCAAUCUAGAAUAAAGGGUUUGAGGCCAAGAACUGCUGUGGCCGAGAAGCUAGCUACUCUGUGUGUCCUACCACUACUCUUGGCAGGUGUUCUGGGUGCUCCUAACAAGCAUGGACAAUUAGCAGAGUACUUGAGAAAGUUGUUAGUUGAAGGUAGCAUGAAGGAAAGUCAGCCAACAAAGCGUAAUGAGAUUGUUGAUGCUGUCCGUUUCCUCUGCACAUUUGAACAACAUCAUGGUAUGAUAUUUAAUAUUCUAUGGGAAAUGGUUGUCAGCUCCAACGUAAAUAUGAAAAUCAGUGCUGCCAAUUUGUUGAAAUCCAUUGUACCAUAUAACGAUGCAAAAGUUGCUUCUACUCAUGUUUUGCCUGCCCUAAUUACUUUGGGCUCUGACCAAAACCUGAAUGUGAAGUACGCAAGCAUAGAUGCAUUUGGAGCUGUGGCCCAGCAUUUUAAAAAUGAUAUGAUUGUUGAUAAGAUACGUGUACAAAUGGAUGCUUUUCUUGAAGAUGGAUCUCAUGAAGCUACUGUUGCUGUGGUUCAUGCAUUGGUGGUUGCUGUACCACACACAACGGAAAGAUUACGAGAUUAUCUUUUGUCCAAGAUUUUCCAGCUCUCAGCUACGCCAACUUCUGCAAGUGACGUGAUGCGCCGCCGUGAAAAAGCCAAUGCAUUUUGUGAGGCAAUCCGUGCUCUAGAUACUACAGAUCUUCCUGCAACUAGUGUUAGAGACUUCCUCCUACCUGCAAUUCAGAACCUAUUAAAAGACUCAGAUGCACUGGAUCCAGCACACAAGGAAGCCCUCGAAAUCAUGAUGAAGGAAAGAUCUGGUGGAACUUUUGAGACAAUUAGUAAGGUGAUGGGUGCUCAUCUUGGGCUUGCCUCGUCAGUGAGCAGUUUCUUUGGUGAGGGUGGGCUGUUGGGCAAGAAAGAAAACGCAGAGCCACCGCCACCAGAGCCUGUUGAGUCACCAAAGCCAGUGUCACCUAUGCCAGCAGACGACACUAGAUUCAUGCGUAUCAUGAGGGGCAAUUUCACAGACAUGCUUAGGACUAAAGCAAAGAGCCCAGAGGAAACUCAGAACCAAUGAAGUUGGAAUUUCCCCUAUAAAUGGCUAUGGAGAGAAUUUUUGUUUUUUAAUCUCCUAAUAUGUCAGGUAAAGUGGUUGUUCCCUGUUUAUGAGGUCGCGAUUUGCUGAAAGACAAACUUCCUUUUAUUACUUAAUUCUUUUGUUGGUGUGUUUUUUAGGAAAUAUUCUUUUCUUUUGUUGGUUUCAUAAGCAAAAGGAAAUAAAAGAGAGAGAGAGAGAGA